GUGAACGUCAGAGAGUGAAAUUCUUCGGGAUGCGUGAUGGUACAGUGUGCUUUGCUGUGCAGCACCGUGAAGAAGCGUAACAAAGUGUUCUGUGCCUGCUGUUGCUGCCGCUGCGUUCUCCGUGUUCCCUUUUGCGGGAAAAAGCACGCCCUGCUAGCCGUGGGCAAUUAUCAAACCUUUAGCGAAUAUUAGUGUAAUAUCUUGUAUAAGCGGCAAGGAGGAAAGUAAUCCGUAUGGAUAAAAAAGUCCCACAAGAGAAAACGGGAAUAUCGCCCAUAGAUAAAGCACAGCAGGCUUCAGAAUAGGAUGUGCUGAUUAGUGUGAGUGAGACAGCAGGUGUUGAAAAUCCCAUACGCUCUCAGCGGAAGGCAAGCCGUGUAUUUGUGACACUUUUGCGUGAGUGUGUGCGUGCGUGCCUCAACAUACAGCACUAUUGUUUUGCUUGGCUACUUGCUGGAUGGUAAAUAAUAGCAACGAAACAAAAUUCGUCCGCCUACCGUGUAGCGUGGCUACCGGUUCCAGAAAAAUUGUUCAAUCCGACGGCGUACAGACAACGGAACAAUGGAAAAACAGGCUAGGAAGCACGCAGACGUUUUGCCGACUGGCAGUAGCAACACUCCGUCGUCCUCGAGCUGCAGCAGCAGUAGCAGCAAAACCAGAAAGAACAAUCCACUGAAGAAGAAAGAAAAGGACGCGGAAGUAAUGAGCAGACCAGCACGAAACGAGAUGUUAAAUGCUGAUCACGAGGCUUUCAUGCAAGCUUUUGAAAAACCGACGCAAAUCUAUCGAUUUCUUCGCACGAGGAAUGUUCUUAAGCCAAUAUUUCUGUACCGCAAUCUGACCUAUAUGCGUAAUCGCAUGUCCCGAUCUCACAAAUCCCGCCAGUCUUUCAAAAUCGACUCGAUGCUUGCACAAAAGAUGACCAAACUGCGCGGGGGAAAACCUAACAAUAUAACCAUGUCCGACGGUUACUUGACGCUGUUUUUUCUUGGAUUUUUCGACGAACGGAAUCAGUCGAUGAGGAACGGUGCUGACAGCAACGGGAUCGUACUACCAUUGAAAAGCUCAUUCACCGAGGAAGCGCAUGACGAUGGCGAGAACGGUUCGGAAUAUGGUCGCAAAUGUGUACAGGUCGAGACGAACUUGCUGAAGAUAGCCCACACCAAACGUAAAGAUAUGAUGGCCACACAAAUGCAGCUGACGGUCGGUAAGUCGCAGGUGUUGGUCAACCCGAAUAAUGACCAGCAUUCGAUUGCUAGUAGCAGUAGCAGCGGUGGUCUUGGUGUGGAUGAUAAACCCCCGAUCGUGAGCAUACCGACAGAUUCGUUUAACACCAAUAGCUUUUCGAAUACUGUGACUGGUCCUCAGGUGUCUUUUAUUCUGCGCUUCCGCGUGCAGUACAUGGUUCCGAGCUCGAUUGCGAACGGUUCCAACGAACAACAAUAUCUGACGAAUGGGACCGUAAGUGACGGAGAGGAACCGUCCGCUAAACGACAGAAGCUUCACGGUUGCAGCAAAAUGUACAGUACAGAAUUGACACUGUUCGAUAAGUACGGUCGCUGCCUACUCAAAGAUGCCGACUACGAGCUGACGGUCCGGGAAAUCAUAUCACAUCAAAAGUCGGUCGCUGUGAAGUAUGGGUCACCGAUGAAGAACCGCUACUGGACUAGUUAUGCCGAUGCGUGCGAGAAAAUGGACUAUAUGCCUUCGGAUGACUGUAGCAAAAGUGACACCGUACCACCGACCAGUGAAGAUUUUAUUGAUCGCUAUGAAGAGAUGAUCAAACCCAUGCUCAAAGUUCGGCUGCAGUGGACCAAAGAACCUCCGCUCGGUUUCGCAACUGCCGGUGCCGAGAUCAAGCUGGAGAACGGGUAUAGCGAUAAGGAGAACCACAAACCACCGUCCCCGUCGGCGACGGACUCGUUCAAGAAAGGACUGAAUAUCAACAUUAACAAUAACAGCAUUCUAACGCCAGCGGCGGCAGCUGGCCAUCUAGAUGACGUCGAGCAAUCGUUGAGCGAGGACAAUGAUGCGGAAGAUUCAUCGACGAACGACGUUAAUGCGGAUUUGGCUCUUGUGUCUGCUAGCAUGAGUAUGUCAAAGAGCGUGAACGAUGCAAAGUGUGUGGUCUAUCACUUCAUGCACAAUAACUACUCGCGCCAGAAGACGGAGAAUAUGGACGGAUUUACCUGCCCGUGGUGUUGCUUAAGCUGCGGCAUGCUUUACUCACUGCUGAAACAUCUGAAGCUAUGCCAUGCACGGUUUAAUUUCAACUACGUGCCCAUCCCGGAAGGUGCUCGUAUCGAUGUGACGAUCAACGAGUUGUACGAUGGGUCGUACAAUGGAUCACCGCAUGAUUUGCUCGGACCCUCGACAGCUUACACGGUGCGUGACCCGUUACGCCGGACGGUUGUUACCAACUUGCUCGUCUGUCGACCCCGACGACCGAAGCCGAGUCUUGCGGAAUUUAUCGAUAACGAUGAAAACGAAUUCGAUAGCCAGCGACCGUACAUUACCGGUCACAGUAGAAUGUAUCAUCACACCAUGACCUGCCUGCCGGUGUAUCCUAGAGAGCUCGAUAUCGAUUCGGAGGGCGAAAGUGAUCCGCUUUGGCUGCAACAGAAAACCAUGCAGAUGAUCGACGAGUUUACCGACGUGAACGAGGGCGAAAAGGAACUGAUGAAGAUGUGGAAUCUGCACGUGAUGAAGUACGGUUACGUUGGCGAUUGCCAGAUACCGGUCGCGCUGGAAAUGUUCAUCGAUCUCCGUGGGCGCGAACUGAUGGCGCGUAAUCUGUACCGCAACUUUGUGCUGCACAUGUGCUCGAUGUUUGACUUCGGGUUGGUGUCGGCCGACGUCAUGCAGCGCAUCAUUCGAAAACUACGGAAAAUUCCGGCAAAUGACACGGAACUACAACAGACGGUAAAACAAGCGAGAACCGAGCAGAUGAACUACUGGAACAAUGUGACCGUGCACAAGCAACAGACGGUCAAGACGGAGCUCAGAAAUGGCAACGGUGAGCGCACUGCCGGUACAGGCGCUGGCACGUCCAUCUCGGGUAGUUCGUCGUACCAUCAACACCACAAGUCUGGCCAUGGUGGCAGUGGUAGCGGUCCGUCAAACACCGGCGAUGGACAGCAGCGCAAAGUUAAGCCUACGAUCACGCCAGCGAAAAACACGGAUCCUGGAGCCAUACUACCAAGACGCCGUCGAAGUGCUGGUAUCAUGGAAAAGGGGGGCAUGUCCACCCCACCGGCCAACGGCAAAACCGGUGGCUCCGUUUCGCAAUCAUCAUCGAGCAAGACCACUAAUGGACCUUCACAUUCCACUGGCACGAUGGCGAAGCCACCACCAUUGGGUUCAGGGAAAGCAUCCUCAUCAUCUGCCACCGUGGGCAGGAAAUCAUCAACCGCUACUAAAUCCACUGCCUCGCCUUCCGCCUCAUCCAGCACCACCCAGAACAAACACAACCAUACCCAUCCGACGGCAACAUUUUCCGCUAUAAUGACCCGAAGAAAAUCUCUUUCUUUAGGUUCGCAUCUUCUGCUCCGAAAGCGAUCCCUCAACUGAUGCUGGCUCUAAUUGCGGGCUGUGGAACACACUUGCAGCGAGUUGGUGGGUGAAGUACAUGAAGUAACUAACAAAAGCACGGAAGCGAAACGCAAGGGCGAGCUGUCGAACGCGUAUAUUUUAAACGAAUGUACAUUUAGGGCUUGUGAACGACGCAGCACACAGUGUGUGGGAUUGCACGAAAAUUCGUAGUUGUCGUUGGGAUAGCAUAUUUUUAUACAUACGUACUAGCCAUGUAAGGAAAACAGCAGUUUAGAAAAGCGUAAAGUGAAAAAACAAGCUUUAUUCCGGGGGCGAAGAAAAGUAACUGAAAACAGAAUAUUCUGAACAGUAGAUAAUUGUCAGGCGAAAAUGGAUUCUUUUUACAAUGAGCUCUGAAAGUGGCAAAAGACAAAGAUGCAAAAUUGCAGCCAGACCGACGAAUGAACUUAACGGUCAAACACCGUGUGUCGGGAUAAACCAGUGAAACACAGGCAAAAAAGGAAGACGGAUGUUUCGUUCCAGCACACAACUCAGCUUCUUCUUUAUACAUGAACUAUAAUAAUAUUAGGCACAGCGGAUAUAAAAAACAAACAAACGAACUCUUACAUGCAGGAACAUUUCUCGGGAAAGUAGUGAAAGUAAUGAAAGAAAGCUAUAUGAUGUAGUUAAGGCAUAGUAUAGUGUCUUUGUGAGGAGUUGCGACAUCGUGUGGUAGACUAAAGCAUAAUUGCAUAUAUACCUCGGAAGGAUGCGGGACAGAUGUUUUGCUACCGUUGCGACAUUGUUCUCCCUUCGUUGACUUUUUCUCCCACUAGCCAUUAAUUUAUGUCUCGUUGUCUAUGGUAAAACAAAAUGAUUGUCGAAUGGCGUGGACAAUGUGUGGAAAGCGAAUAGAUUGUCCUAAGCGCACUAAGGAAUGGGAGGAAGGUCGUGUUCUCAGGCUCCAAUCACUGCCAUUUGUCUGACAACUAACUCCUCCCUUGAACUCGGCAACUAUGACUGACUGUAAAAGCUAGGAGCUGUUCAAUAAUCCAAAAACGGAAUGCACCGAUUGUUUAGUUUGCUAAAUUGUUUUUGAUUCCAUAAUAUCUUUCAUUCAUAUAUUUUGCACAUAGUUUGGGCUACAUCGGAAUGAUAUCAUAUGCGCUGGAAGCAGGCAUUUGCAUUUUUCUAAUUUUGUCUCGUUCUCGCAUACCGUAAUAUGAUAGAUUUUGUUGGGCGUAACGAGAGACGUGCCUGAAAUGGUUUAUUUCGGAACUUAUGUAUACAAAAAUGUAGUCAGAUAUUUAGUUCUCUUCGUUCUAGGUAAGGCCGAAUGCUUAAGGUCGGCAUUAUAGAAAACUGUUCUCACGCUUUUUUUAAUGGCUAUAUUUUUUAUGACAAUCCUGUCACAAUAUGCAAUUGUUUUUUUGUCUCAAUAUGUACAAGCAAAAUUAGUAAACGGAAAAAGGCACUAAUAGAGGAGAGGGAUUGUAGUUUCUUUUGCGAAAUAUAGUACUAUGCGUUUUACGUUUCCCUUUGAUUAGCGCCCUGCCACUGUUUUUAGUGUCGAAUUUAAACAAAGACGCAAUAAAAAGAAGAAUUUAGACAAACAAUAUUGAAAUUAAA